AUGCAUGCCAUUGUAGGGCUUGCUGGCCUUUUGGCCUGUCUUUCCCUCUCUUACGCCGCUCCGACGCAGGAGAAUAUCACUAGCGACUCGUACUUCUUCGGACAGUCACCGCCCGUCUAUCCUUCCCCGGAGGGCACAGGUUCCGGAUCUUGGGCACCUGCUUACGAGAAAGCAAGAAAAUUAGUCGCCAGCCUCACUCCUGAGGAGAAGGUGAAUCUCACCGCGGGUGUCAAUGCAGAUAACAGCUGCUCUGGGAACAUUCCACCCAUCCCUCGUUUGAACUUCCCAGGUCUCUGCGUGUCCGAUGCCGGGAAUGGUCUGAGGGGAACAGAUCAUGUCAGCGCCUGGUCAAGUGGUAUUCAUGCUGGUGCAAGUUGGAACAAGGCGCUCGCGCAUGACAGAGGGCUCCACAUGGGGAGGGAGUUCCAUAAAAAGGGCGUUAACGUACUGCUGGGCCCCGUGGUAGGCCCCCUUGGUCGUGUGGCAGAAGGUGGCCGAAACUGGGAGGGCUUCUCGACGGACCCUUACCACAGCGGCUUGCUAGUCUACGAGACUAUCCGUGGUAUUCAGGCUGCCGGUGUCGGUACAUCGACCAAGCAUUAUAUCGCCAACGAACAGGAGACAAACCGGAACCCGGAAAGCGUUGGUGUUGAUAUCGCAGCUGCUUCAUCAAAUAUCGAUGACAAGACUAUGCAUGAACUGUACCUCUGGCCAUUCCAGGAUGCAGUUCGCGCAGGCAGCGUAUCGAUCAUGUGCUCCUAUCAGCGCAUUAACAACUCCUAUGGAUGCCAAAAUAGCAAGACACUGAACGGGCUGCUGAAGACGGAACUAGGAUUCCAAGGAUACGUCAUGACCGACUGGGGUGCACAACAUGGUGGGAUUGCUGUGGCAAAUGCAGGUUUAGAUAUGGUGAUGCCGUCAACAAGCACAUGGGGUUCAAAUCUCACCACAGCUAUUGCCAACGGGAGUAUGGAGGCAUCAAGACUCGAUGACAUGGCAACAAGGAUCAUCGCGUCGUGGUACCAACUUAACCAGGACACUGACUUCCCAUCCCCUGGAGUAGGUAUGCCGAAGGACAUAUACGCACCACACGAUGCCGUUAUUGGAAAGUCUGCAGACUCAAAACCAGUUCUUCUUCAAAGUGCCAUUGAGGGUCACGUUUUAGUGAAAAACACGAAGAAUGCCCUUCCUCUGCAGUCGCCGACCCUGCUCUCCGUAUUUGGAUAUGAUGCGAAAGGGCCCGAACAUCUAACCAAUGCCUUGGAAUGGCUGGGUUAUAGCCCAGCUAUUCAACCUAAUCACACGCUCUGGGUUGGAGGAGGCUCAGGUGGCAACUCACCCGCAUAUCUUAGCGCACCGCUGGAUGCACUUCAGGCUCAGGCGUUCGAGGAUGGAACAUCGAUUUUGUGGGAUGUUUCCUCCGAGGACCCGGAUGUCGACCCGAACUCAGAUGCCUGUGUCGUAUUUAUCAAUAGCUAUGCAACUGAAGGCUAUGAUCGUCCUGGCUUGGUCGACCAGGAAAGUGAUGCACUAGUGGUCAACAUCGCGGAUAAAUGCAAUAACACAAUUGUAGUCAUCCAUAACGCGGGGAUCCGUUUGGUCAAUAAUUGGAUUGACCAUGAGAAUGUUACUGCCGUGAUAUUUGCGCACCUCCCAGGUCAGGACAGCGGUCGAGCAGUGGUGGAGUUGCUAUACGGUCUGUCGAACCCGUCCGGCAAACUUCCCUACACGGUUGCCAAACGUGUAGAAGACUACGGAGCUUUGCUGCAUCCCACACAGCCCGAGGGUCAAUAUGGGCUGUUUCCGCAGUCCGACUUCACGGAGGGCGUAUAUAUCGACUAUCGUGCCUUCGACCAGCAGGGGAUCGCCCCGCAAUUUGAAUUCGGAUUUGGCUUGUCGUACACAACAUUCGAUUACUCUGGACUGAGCAUCAAUCAAGUCAGUAAUGCGACUACUACCCCAUAUCCUCCGUCUGCCGCAAUUGAAGAGGGUGGGAAUCCUCACCUGUGGGAUACAGUAGUCCGGGUUUCGGUAGACGUGAAGAAUAGUGGCUCGGUUGAUGGUGAUGAGGUCGCUCAGCUUUAUCUGGGUAUUCCGAACGGGCCAAUCCGGCAGCUACGUGGGUUUGAGAAGGUGAACGUCUCAGCUGGACAGUCCGUGACUGUAGAGUUUGCUUUGGGCCGUCGGGACCUGAGUACCUGGGAUGUGCAGGCGCAGGGGUGGUUGCUCCAAUCUGGGACAUACCAGGUGUAUGUAGGAAGGUCCAGUCGAGAUUUGCCGCUGCAAGGACAGUUUUAUAUCUGA